GGUCUUCCGACAGUCGGCGGCGGCACCGAGUCGUUUUGGCGCACCAACCUCCACAAGCUUGACGACUACCGUUCGACUGAGCAACUUCCUGAACAGUCUGAUAUUGUGAUCAUUGGUGCUGGAUACGCAGGCGUUGCGACGGCGUAUCAUCUUCUCGAAGCGGGCAGCAAGGCGUCAAUUACGCUCAUAGAAGCCAGAGGCGCCUGCAGCGGAGCAACAGGCCGUAACGGGGGUCACCUCCGCCCAGACCUUUACGGUCACAUUCCCACAUAUAUCGACCGCCAUGGACUAGAAGCUGGCGCUGAGAUUGCCAAAUUCGAAGCUGCCCAUGUCACAGCCAUCAAAAAGGUUGUCGCCAAGGAAAACAUCGACUGCGAUCUCGUCAUAACGAGGACGACCGAUGUCUGGUGUAAUCAAGAUGCUGCUGAGAGAGCCAAAGCUGGUUACGACAAGAUGGUCGCCUAUGGGUUGAAGCACAUGGAUGAUAUUAGUGGUAUCAAGAACGCGAAAGCAUGUGCCACCUACACUGCAGGAACCAUUUGGCCAUACAAGUUCAUCAUGACUCUACUUGGGAUUAUACGGGACCGUGGCGUCAACAUCCAAACAUACACUCCCGUAAACUCAAUUACUUCCCNNUCGUCCAAAGGUCAAUGGACAGUUUUUACUUCCCGCGGCGACAUCAGGACUCAAAAGGUAGUCCACGCGACCAAUGCAUACACCAAGACCUUGUUGCCAGAAUAUGAAAGGAACAUUGUACCCUGCAAAGGCAUCUGCUGCCACAUUGCCGUACCAGAAGGGGACGUCGCCCCUUUGGUCGGUAACUCAUAUAUUAUCCGCGAGCAAGGCGAUCCGAGCGUUCUCAGCUACCUGAUCCCCCGCUCAGACGGCAGUAUCAUCGUCGGCGGAUCUCAAGCAAUCUUCAAGCCUCAUCGCGAGCAGUGGUACAACAACACUGAUGACGAGCAGCUAAUUGAAGCAUCCAAGGACUACUACACAAACUACAUGCAAAAUAAUUUCCGCGGCUGGGAGAACACCAAAGCUGAAGUGAAGAAGAUCUGGACAGGCGUAAUGGGAUACACCUCUGACAGCAACCCUCAUAUUGGCGAGGUGCCUGGCAAACCCGGUCAAUACAUUCUAUCCGGCUUCAACGGUCAUGGUAUGCCAGUCAUCUGGCUUGCGGCAGAGGGAGUAUCCGAUAUGUUGCACACGGGGAAGAGUUUUGAGGACACAAAGGUUCCAAAGGCGUUCAAGACAACCCAAGAGAGGAUUGAUAAAGCAAAGGCUGGUCCCGAAGGCGGAGAUAUUCUUGCCUGA